GUGACCGUGCUAUUAUACAUAUUAUGUAUUUGUUGCACCGUCUUAUUAUUAUUGUGUUCUUGAUUGACUCCUUCAUCCAUCCAAUUAAAACCUCCUUGAAUCGAAUAUUUGGAUUUGACUUUCCGUUACCAAAAUAAUUCUCCAGGGCUGAAUAUACCAUAUACCCACCAAUUAACAUCACGCGAUGUUACGAUUGAUGAUAAUUCAUUUUUUUCCAUAUUAUCCUCUAUUUUACGUUUAAUUAUUGCUAUUUCCCGAUUUAUCUGUUUGAACAUUUACCAAAAAUGCUCACUGUGAAUUCGUGAAGUCGUCACCAAUAACGGUCGUAGGACACGCAUAAAUAUAUGUAUCUUGUCUUAUAUCAUCAUUUAUCAUAUUCCACUAUCAUAUUUCAUUAUCAUAUUUCAUUAUCAUACGUGCUGAUAGUAUUAUUUACUUAUUGUGUAUUUUUUAUUAUUAUUCAUAUUUUGUAUUUUUCUUAGUGAUUAGUAUUGAGACGAUCAGUACCCAUUCACUAUUGCUUAUAUUAUUAUUAUUUCUUUGUCCUUAUUGUAAUCCGUCAAGAAAUUAUUGUAUGUGCCUUGCCAUACGUGCACAUUAUAUAUCUAUGAGUAUAGUUGAUGAGGUCAUAGCCUGACACUAAGGCACAUCUAUUUAUUAUAUUAAAAUGUCGUGUUCUGCCGUAAAAUGCACAAACCGAAGUAGUCAAAGUAUUCGGCUAUUCAGAUUACCGGCUCAACUUGAACGCAGAAAAAUUUGGAUAAAUAAUACCAGAAGAGCUCAAUGGCAACCUACAGAAUCUGCUAGUCUGUGUGAAGUUCAUUUUGAAGAGAACCAAUUUGAAAGAAAAAGGAUAGAUGGCUGGAUUAAAUUAAAAUGGGACGCCAUUCCUAAAAUGUUUAAUGUUCCAAAUCCACCAAAGAGUGUGAUGGCAAAAAGAAAAUCCAAAUACAAGAUACUUGAUCCUCCUUUGAAUGUUCAAUCAAAUGAAAUUGAAAAUACAACUGGUGCAAGUAUGCGGUCAUUGCAGUCUAUACCUACCUGAUGAUACUACAUUGAGUGUUGAACCAAAUGAAAUUGAAAAUACAACUGAUAAAAAUAUGCAGUCAUCGCAGUCU